AUGGGUUCCGUCCUCCAGAAGAAGAAGCGCCGCUCCAGCCGCCAAAAGGUCAAGAUGCCCAACCGGCCUAAGAAGCAGCUGAACCCCCUGGGCAACGACAUCAUCGCAAAGAACUGGAACAAGAAGGAGACCCUGACGCAGAACUACCGCCGCCUCGGCCUCACGGCGCGCCUCAAGGCGCCGACGGGCGGUGUCGAGAGGACCCUGUCCCAGGUCGAAGAGAGCAAGUCCGCCGCGCCCUCCUCCUCCGCCUCCCGCCGCCCCCGCCGCGACCCCUUCGCCAUCGCCCCGACAGAGGAGGUCAUCUUCGAGGAGGCCCGCGUCGAGCGCGACGAGAACGGCAAGAUCAUCAAGAUCCACUACGGCAGCGACCGGCGCAGCAACCCGCUCAACGACCCGCUCAACGCCCUCGAGAGCGACGCCGAGGGCUCUUCCGACGACGGCGCCGAGCAGGAGUGGGGCGGCAUCGACGACGAGAGCCGGCCCGAGGUCAUCCGCCUGCUCGAGAAAGACGCCGCCAUCCCGAGGGUCAAGAAGCCGAGGCACAUGAGCCAACAGGAGAGAGAGUGGCUCGAGCGGCUGACGGCCAAGCACGGCGACGACGUCGCCGCCAUGGCGAGGGACAGGAAGCUGAACCCCAUGCAGCAGACGCAAGGCGACAUCGCCCGCAGGAUCAAGAGGCUUACGGGAAAGGCUUAA